GUGAGCGCACGCAGAGGACGCACCGCCACACGACGGCCCUCCGAGCCCUCUGAGCCCGCAGUAGCAGUGCUCGGGCACGCGAGAUCAAGAUUCAUCCCCCCGUCGUCACGCGCCGAGGAGACAUGUCCCGGCAGCGCGUCCUCCCUUCCGUUGUCGUCGUCGUGCUGACGCUGCUUCUCGCCUGGACUGCAACAGCAGCGACAACAGCAGCCGUCUCGGGUGCCGCGCAGGAUGGCAGCGAGAUGCACCCUUGUGUAGACUGUCACGCUUUCCAGUUCAUGCAACGCGCACUCAGUGAGAUGCAGCGAGCUGCCAACAACUUGAACACACAGACGGAGGCGCUGCUCGCCGGCGUAGCAGCACGAGAGCGUUGCCGCUGUGAUCUAUCCCUCCCUGUGCUGGGAGAAGACACCAAGACCUGAGAGAACUCAGGACGACCCCUGUCCCACUGCUGUAUACAUUUGUAGUUACCAUACGCCUUCUUCCGCUUCUUUCCCUCGGCCAAAAGUAUCCAAUCAUCCAACUCACUGUCCACUCUUCAAUUCCCUUUGAGCAACCUCUUACAGAUGACAUCUUGAGAUACAGUAAAACCACUCUCAUCCAUAAUCAUUCAACCAUAGUUCCUGUUACCAGCAGAGGUUAGUGGAUGUAAAUUUGUACCCGUUUAUUCGAUACGUUUAUAUGAAGGAUGGCAGAUAAGAGCCUCUUGGUAUGACGAGUUCGUUGUGACUGAUGCUGUGGCUGUGGCUAAAUAUCUAAACCACAGCCACUGCCUCGUGCAUAAUACAUGACAUAGCAUGGGGCAUCCCCGGUGUGAAUAAAUAAACUCGACAUCAGAAAUAUUUGAACCUUAUGGCGGGACCCCGGGGUCCCGAAUAAACGGAAGUCAAAAUCAUAAUUAAUUCAUUUAUUUUUGACGACUCCGCGCACAUAAACGCCGCGACCCACCUGGCGCGGUUCAUUCUGUUGUCAUGUCCUCCAAGCACAGCGAGGACGAAUGCGCAGAAGAAACAAAACUUUGAAACUUUGAUUAGCACAUCGUGUAGAGCUCGUCGAGAGGAAUAGAUUUCCGUAUCGUUCACCUUCAACAACGCAGUUUAUGCAAUAG